GAAUGCCUCAACUAGAUAAAUUCACUUAUUUCACACAAUUCUUCUGGUCAUGCCUUUUCCUCUUUACUUUCUAUAAUCCUAUAUGCAAUGAUGGAGAUGGAGUACUUGGGAUCAGCAGAAUUCUAAAACUACGGAACCAACUGGUUUCACACUAGGAAAACAAGAUCCGGAGCAACGACCCCAACAGUUUGGAAGAUAUCUUGAGAAAAGGAUUUAGCACCGGUGUAUCCUAUAUGUACUCAAGUUUAUUCGAAGUAUCCCAAUGGUGUAACGCCGUCGACUUCUUAGGAAAAAGGAGGAAGAUGACUUUAAUCUCUUGUUUCGGAGAAAUAAGUGGCUCACGAGGAAUGGAUAGAAACAUAUUCUAUUUGAUCUCUAAGUCCAUACAUAGCAAUCCUGGGUGGGUCAUCACUUGUAAGAAUAACAUAAUUCUAAUCCAUGUUCCACACUGCCAAGGAAGCAUCGGUUUUUAAUCUCAUUAUGACUUAGUCGUUCGGAAGAGCAAUUAAUUCGAUCAGAAUAGUGGAAUCGAAGGCAAUAAAAGAAUGAAAUACUCAUUUCUUUUCCAAUCGCCCCGUGAAGACAGACGCUCGAAAAGGUUCUCGAGAUUCUCAAUCGCUCUUUUUAGUGGGGAGGAAUAGUGCGGGAAGGGGCAAGACCAAGCCGAGCCACUAGUAGAGUAAGUCCUUCCCACGUGUCAAGUUGAAUAUUAAUAAAUGAAUGCAGCCUCAACCAAAGAGAUCAACCUACACCUUUGAGUUGAGGCCGCUGGUGGCACAGAACGAACUAAUUCGCCACUAGUAAGUUUUCUGAAAGCGAAUUGAAUGGAAUUGUUCGUCGGUCAAACCAACGAUUCUCUUCUCAAAUUAAUAGAGAGAGUCUUUUUUCUAGUUAGACUUCUAUCAAUGGAAUGAAAGAACAAUCCCUUCCUAUUUCUUUUUUUGUCCUGUCAGAUAGAAAGAAAAUUAGACCCCAAAGAGCCCUUCUUUACUUUACUACUUUAGGGGGUGGGGGUGAAGGGGGGGUUUACAUAGAACCGAGGCAAAGUGGUUUAUGAUUGAAUCUCAGAGGUAUUCUUAACAUUUGGUAGAUCCAAGUCCAUGGCUUAUUUUGGGUUCACUCGGAGCAUUGGAAACAACCUUAGUAGGUGUGAUGUACAUGCACUCAUUUCAAGGGAGUGCAACACUUCUCAGUUUGGGCGUCAUAUUUCUCCUAUAUACCAUGUUCGUAUGGUGGCGCGAUGUUCUACGUGAAUCCACGUUCGAAGGACAUCAUACCAAAGUCGUACAAUUAGGACCUCGAUAUGGUUUUAUUCUAUUUAUCGUAUCGGAGGUUAUGUUCUAUUUUGCUCUUUUUCGGGCUUCUUCUCAUUCUUCUUUGGCACCUACUGUAGAGAUCGGAGGAAUUUGGACCCCAAAAGGGAUUGCGGUUUUAGAUCCUUGGGAAAUCCCUUUACUUAAUACCCUUAUUCCCCUUUCAUCUGGAGCUGUCAUAACUUGGGCUCAUCAUGCUAUGCUCGCGGGGAAGGAAAAAUGAGCAGUUUACGCUUUUGUAGCUACCGUUUCACUGUCUCUAGUAUUCACAUGCUUUCAAGAAAUGGAAUAUUAUCAAGCACCCUUCACUAUUUCGAAUAGUAUUUAUGGUUCUACCUUUUUCUUAGCAACUGGCUUUCAUGGUUUUCAUGUGAUUAUAUGUACUAUUUACUCGAUCAUAUGUGGUAUUCACCAAUAUCUUGGUCAUCUGACCAAGGAGCAUCACAUUGUCUUUGAAGCAGCUGGAUGGUACUGGCAUUUUGUAGACGUGGUUUGGUUAUUCCUAUUUGUCUCUAUCUAUUGGUGGGGUAUGGACUAUGAGUUACUUGCCUCAUCAGACGAGGCUGCUUGGUCAUUCUCUCCAAACCCUGUAGAUGAUUUGGCAUUGGACCCUGUAGCAUGGGCAGACUUGGAUCGUGAAGAGUGGCCAGACUCGGAGCCUGAAGUAUGGGCAGACUCGAACCCAGACAUAGACCCCUCUGAACUAGAAGCAGCCCCAGUUGGAGCUCGCCGUCUAUCAACACUUGAAGGGCUACACAAUGGAGAUCGGAUUGGCCUCGUAUGGAGUGUUUUUUGGCUCCCUGAAGAGCUUUCACAUGACCGGCAAACUCUUAUUCCAAUUUCUAUAGGACCUAGAUACAACUCUUUAUCUGUUUUCCAUUCUUCUCGCUCAAACAAGGUCAAGGCUGUUGUAAGCAGUUUUGAUCUCAAGCACCUAUCACGGUUUUUGAGUAGCUCUGAUCCACCCAAGCAGUUACAAUUGCUUCACCUGGAGCUGCGAUAA